AAUCUUUUAAUUAUUUUUUUAAAUGGCAAGAGCAUAAAAAGACACUAGACCAAUUGCAGAUUAAGCUACAUCAGAAGCAGCUUGUACCUAUGCUGCUCUCAUCUUAUAUGAAGACAAUUAAGAAGUAAAUUACUUAAUAAAACUCAGAUUGUUGCUUCUAAAUUAGCAUAAGUCAUCAAAGCUGCUAAUAUAAGAGUUGAACCAAUUUGGACUAAAGUAUUUGAAAAGGCACUCAAAGGAAAGAGAGUUGGCGAUCUUUUACAUGGAAAUGCAGGUAAUGCACCUGCUGCUUAAACUGCUGCAUAAACAUCAGUUCCUGCCUCUUAAUAAGCUAAAGCUCCUGAGCCAGCUAAAGAAGUUAAGAAAGCUGAAGAACCAGAAGAAGAUGUUGAUAUGGGAGGCUUGUUUGAUUGAUUAAACACCUUUGUUCG